GUCAGAAACGGAAUUCGGUUGCGUGAUUGCCAUCCGCCGGGACACGCCCCACACACAUUUAGUCUUAGCUCUGACAGCUGCUGAAGGGCACCAGGCGUUUUACGAUUUAUUCAUUUAUUUUUUUUAACCCUCGGAAACUACUUCUUUUAUAUUUUAACAAAUCCUGGGUUGGCAAGCAUUUUAUUUUUUUUAAAAAAAAUUUGCUUGCUUAUUUGUCACUUGAGAAUUCAGAAGAACUGUAUCUUCUUGCCAAAAGUAAUUGUUCUUUCCUUCGGAACCUGUUGCAGUGAAACGCAUUGCCUUAUUGCUGAGCCGCAGACUCCGGCGAAAAGAAAAAGCGAGACUGGUUGCUAAGAGACUCCGUCAGUGCACGAGAGGCUGCAGUGACUUUCAGGGAGUAAGAGAUCCUCGUGGGCGUGGUCACAUUGAGCUCGGUUGCCUUCGCUGUUUAAGGGGGUCCGUCAUGUCCUCGGCCCUUUCGCAAGCGACUCCUGCUGCUCCGCGUUUCAGCGUCCUUUCGUGGCCGCAGGUGCGCCGCUUGGAUGCUAUACUGGAUGAGAGUGUACCAAUCCACGGCAGGGGCAAUUUUCCCACCCUGUCCUGUCGCCCCCGGGAACUAGUGCAGGUGGUCCUGUCUUGUCUGGAGCAGAAGGGGAUUCUUGUACAUAAUGUGAGACUAAAUGGUUCAGCUGCUAGCUAUGUGCUGCAUCAUGACAGUGGCCUGGGAUAUAAAGAUUUGGAUCUGAUAUUCAUGGUGGAUUUGAAAGGGCCAGACACCUUUCAAGUAGUAAAACACGCGGUGCUGAAUAGCCUCUUGGACUUCCUGCCAUCAGGUGUCAAUAAGGAAAAAAUAACACCUAUGACUUUAAAAGAGGCCUACGUUCAGAAGCUGGUUAAAGUCUGCACAGAAAGUGAUCGCUGGAGUCUUAUUUCCUUAUCAAACAACAAUGGUAAAAAUAUGGAACUGAAGUUUGUUGAUUCUCUGCGACGUCAGUUUGAAUUUAGUGUGGACUCCUUUCAGAUCAUCUUAGAUUCUAUGCUGAUGUUUAACGAGUGCUCCGAAAACCCAAUGUCCCAAAGCUUCCACCCCACAGUAACCAGUGAGAGCAUGUAUGGAGACUUUGAGGAAGCUAUGGACCACCUGCGCAACAGAAUUAUUGCCACACGCAAUCCAGAAGAAAUCAGGGGGGGCGGUCUUCUCAAAUACUGCAAUUUGUUAGUGAGAAGUUUCCGGCCCAAAUCCGAAGUGGACAUGAAAACAAUGCAGCGGUAUAUGUGCUCUCGUUAUUUCAUUGACUUUCCAGACAUAAGGGAACAGCAGAGAAAACUAAAGUGUUACUUGCAGGAUCACUUUGUAGGAAUGGAGGACAAGCGAUAUGAAUAUCUGAUGACCCUUCAUCAAGUAGUAAAUGAGAGCACUGUGUGCCUGAUGGGACACGAACGUAGGCAGACACUUGCACUUAUUGCUUCAUUGGCAGCACAUGUGUUAUCUGAGCAGAAUCAGCCCCAAGCUGUGCCCACCUUCACUUGCUACUACCAGCCAGCCCCCUACCUAGGUGAAGUCAACUACAAUAGCUAUUACUUUACUCCUGUCCAGCCACUUGUGUCCUGCAGUCACUCAUACCAGACAUGGCUUCCCUGUUGCAACUGAGUAACUGACUGCAUGCUUCAGUGAGCACUUCCAUGGCAGACCCCAUCCCCUUUUAACAGACUAAACUAAACGAGCAAAGAUCAAUUUUUGUUGUGUGGUUUUUUUCCCCUAAACCUCCAUUUUUACAUUUUAUAAUCUGUAUGGGUACCAGCACGUUGGAGAUCUUACAUGAUACUUAUGCAAUGGAUUUUUUUUAUUUUUAGCCUUGUAGGGUGCAUUUGAAAAACAGGCUUCUCUGUCUUCCAUAUAAGACUGUAGAGAACUGGAUUGCAGGAAGAUUUCGCCUUUCGAAACUCCAUAAUCUGCUGUAAAAUGCAUU